AGCAAUUUUUUCUGACGUUUGUCUCAAUUGAGCGCGUGUUCGGAGCGCAGGCGUCAACAAUUCCACAAAGCUUCAAGCAUACUGACUUGCAGCAAUCCUUGUCUGUUGCCAAUGUUUGUACAAAGUGCAAAGUACAUUAUGUAUUUUAUAUGCUCUUCGCCAUGUGGCGAGAUGGCUGGCGUACGACGUAUCGCGUAAUUGCCUCCCCCAAGGUAUUCUUACAGUGAUGGCGCCAAUGACUUUCUCCUACCCCAAUCGAUUUUACCAAGAUUCUUAAGCCUCCGCUGCCUUCCCAAAAUCCCCUGUUGCUUCCCUAUAAUCGCCUUCGUUGGGUGGAUCACUAUUCCCGAAGCGUCUCUUUGCCCCGUGGGCUCUUGCACUUGUUGAUCUGUUGCUGCCGAGGCACGUUGGCAGCCAAGAGCGUUUUAUUUGCCCCCUUCCCCUUGCUUGCUGCUUUUAUCUUAAGGGGACUUCAUCAGCGACAAAGUCCGGAUUUCUGGAGUCAAGCAGUUUUUGUUUGUUAUAUCUUUGCUCACCUUCAGUCCUCACUCUAACCAUCUCCUCCCACCGAACGCAUUUUGGCUUCACAACAAUUAAGAAAAAUUGUGUUGCCCAAGUCUGUGGAGUAUCGGCUCUUGGCAUGCGCGCCGGGGAUUCAGUAACCAUCCGCCAGUGAUUGCCGCUCAACAAAACACUGUUUGUGCUUCACAAGCUAUUUUUGAGCAAGCAAUUUCUGUGUUGAAGCGAAGGCAAAGAACUGGGCUAUGCCCGUAAACUCAUCACUCUUCAACCAAGCUUCUGUCUGUUUACACAACGCCAAAAUGGCUUCCACUGGCCCUAUCCAUUGGGGGCUUCCUAGCCCGGCCCUGUUCUCGUUUCCCCCGAAGAACGUGCCAGACUACAUCACGCCCAUCUCAGCCCAGGCACACGGCUCAUCAGCAUUUGUGCCCCCUUUCCACAUUCCCGACAAUGUGUACUCCGCUUGGCUGGAUGCGAAGGUGCCCAUUACGAUUGCAGCCACUUAUGCCAUCACCAUCAAGCUCCUGAAUGCCUAUAACAAGUCGACAAACAAGAGGCCAUGGGCAAUCAGCAAGACCAGAGCCUUCUUUUGGUUUGUUGUGGCGCACAACGUUUUCCUUGCCGUCUACUCGGCUUGGACAUGGUGGGGGACGCUCGGCAUGCUGAGGCGCAGUAUCCUUAGCCCGACGGGGCCAGCGGGCUGGGCCGGCACUGCGGACAGCUUCUGCCGUGUCUUCGGGCCCCCAGGUGUCGGCAAUGGCAUCUACUACAGUGACGCUGACCAUAGCUGGCACAGCCACGCGUACGGCGCUUCUCUCUCCGCUGGCCCUGAUCGCACCACCAGCGGCCGUAUGUGGAAUGAGGGACUGGCUUUCUACGGAUGGUUGUUUUACAUCAGCAAGUUCUACGAGGUUGUUGACACCUUGAUCAUCAUUGCCAAGGGCAAGCUGAGCUCGACUUUGCAGACAUACCAUCAUGCCGGUGCCAUGAUGUGCAUGUGGGCUGGUAUGCGCUACAUGGCGGUGCCCAUCUGGACCUUUCUGUUCUUCAACUCGUUCAUUCACGCUAUGAUGUACACCUACUACACCUUGACGGCUUUCCACAUCAAGGUGCCUGUGUUCAUCAAGCGCUCGUUGACCACGAUGCAAAUCACUCAGUUCGUCGUUGGUGCUUCUUACGCAAUGGUUCACUCUUUCGUCUCGUACACUAUCCCGGUCGCAUUAAACGGAAACCCGGUCACUGCGGCACCUGGCGCUGCGGCAACCCCAGCCGGCGCUGCCACCACCAACCAAGCCAUCAUCGACAACAUGAAGAACAUGAUUGGCGGUCUUGUUGGCUCCAAGCCUGCCACUGCCGCCGACGCUGCUCCGUCCGGCAUGUACAGGGUUGCUGGUCUUUCGGACACGACUACAUAUGGACAGCGUGUUGUGCCCUGCAUUUCAAGCACUGGUGAAACAUUUGCUAUCUGGCUCAAUGUGCUGUACCUUGCGCCGCUCACAUAUCUGUUCGUCAUGUUCUUCAUCUCGUCAUACUUGCGCCGAUCCAGUGUGGACGCUGCCCGCUUCAAGAAGGGCACCUCGGCGCGCCGGGAGAGCAAUGUGGCUCUUGCCGAGAAGGCAGGCUGGGAGGCUGCCCGUCAAGUAGAGAAGGAGGUCUAUGGUGGCGAGGAUGUUCAGGUUCACAUGAAUGGGAAUGGAAAGGCGAAGAAAUCAAAUGGUGUCGCCGCUAGCCCCAAUGGCAAGGCUCGGUCGAAUGGCAAGAGGAGGUAGGCUUCGGCGCUACGGUGAAGUAAAAUAAAAUUCGGUCAGAACACAGUCGGACAGUUACUUGGAAGGUUGAUGUUUGCGCGUAGAUGCAGAUUGGCCCAAGCUGAUGUACCUCGGAUGGGCCAGAUGCUCAACGCAAACUGUAUAUAUCUAAUUAUCUUUGAAAAUUUCCUAUAUUCCGUUUUCUUUUGUUGGGUAUCGAAGAUAUGUGAUGGCUGGGGCCAUCCUGGGUAGGCAACUAAAAAUAACACCGGGGAUUUUGAUAUGAUUCGACUCGGCGCUGCAUUGACUGGACAAACGGUGUUGCCUAUGCGGA